AAAUGUAUAAAUGUAAAAACAAGGCUUCUAAGAAAAUUGAUAUUUAAAAGAAAUUAUAGUAUAUUUCACCGGAAAGACAUAAACAGUGAAGCAAUGCUGAAACCAAUAGAAAAUUCAAUCAAGAGAAAACUGGAAACCGCAUUGAGACCUCUGUACUGUAAUAUCAUUAAUGAAUCUCAUAUGCAUAAUGUUCCCAAGGACUCCGAGACACAUUUCAAAGUGGUGAUUGUAUCAGAAAGAUUUAACAAACAGCCAUUGAUUGAGAGACAUCGAAUAAUAAAUGAAUUAUUGCAAGUGGAACUACAAGAAAGCGUACAUGCUUUAUCAAUAGUAGCAAAAACACCAGAACAAUGGGAAGCAAGCAAUAAAACAGUGACUGCGAGUCCUGCUUGCAGAGGUGGUUUUGGAAAAUAACGUUAUUUAAUAAUUUAAUUAAGGAUAACUUAGGUAUAAAAAUAAAUUAUGCAAUAUACGUAAUAUAAAUAAUAAAGACAUAUUUUAAUUUGAUUU